CCAACUAGAUAAAAACACUCAGGUUGGCUCUGUCCGGAAAAGUAAUUUAAACUGCCCGUUCGUUGAGGCAGACUUGUAAUUUAGAGGAGAAUGAGGCGGAUCCGCGCGCCGGGGAAGCCUUGGCCUGCGGCUGGGCCACGCCGGUGGAACGGCGCCUUCCGGGCUUUGUGCCUUCGCGCACGCGCUAUGGCGCCAACUCCGCCUCCUGGAGGCGCCGGGCCCCUUGCAAGGCGGGGCCCGGGGCGGUCGUGUGGGUGUGACGUAACUGCGCUCGACAGUCAGUGUUGCCGGGUGGCGAUGGCGGCUCCUCUGGAGUCCUCCGGGGAGGACCAACUGCGGAACUUUGUGCGAGUUUUGGAGAAGCGAGAUGGCACGGUGUUACGACUACAGCAGUACGGCUCCGGCGGCGUGGGUUGCGUUGUUUGGGAUGCUGCCAUCGUCCUUUCUAAAUACCUGGAAACGCCCGGGUUUUCCGGCGAUGGGGCCCACGCGCUGAGCCGGCGGUCGGUGCUGGAGCUGGGCUCUGGCACCGGGGCCGUGGGGCUCAUGGCUGCUACCCUCGGGGCAGAUGUCAUAGUCACCGACCUAGAGGAAUUGCAAGACUUGCUGAAGAUGAAUAUUAAUAUGAACAAGCACCUUGUCACUGGUUCUGUUCAAGCCAAGGUACUGAAAUGGGGGGAAGAAAUAGAAGACUUUACUUCUCCUCCAGACUACAUCCUGAUGGCCGACUGCAUAUAUUAUGAAGAGUCUUUGGAGCCACUGUUGAAAACCCUAAAAGAUCUCAGUGGAUCUGAGACUUGUAUUAUAUGUUGUUAUGAACAACGAACAAUGGGAAAAAAUCCAGAAAUUGAGAAAAAAUAUUUUGAGCUUCUUCAACUAGACUUUGACUUUGAAAAAAUUCCUUUGGAGAAACAUGAUGAAGAAUAUCGAAGUGAAGAUAUUCACAUUUUAUACAUCAGAAAGAAAAAAUCGCCUAUCCCAUGUACCAGGAUCUGGAGGCUCCCAGGGGAGCCCUCCGCUGAACCGACCUCCCCUUGGUUUGGAGGUCCCCCCACUCCUUCCUCCUGCAGAACACCCCUUCUUGGCCUCCUGUCAACCACCUGCUGCCCUUUUUUCAGGAGGUGACUGUGGCAUUGGGUGCUCUUCUCUUUCAGGUAACAGUGUGAUACUCUCGGGGGUAGGGAAGUCCCAGUAGAUUGUGGUUCAUACAGGCUUUAUAUCAGCUCUGGAUCAAUAUGCCCAAUUGUUAAUUCUCAGAGAGACUACUGAAUAAAAUAUCAUUUCACCAUAUGGCCAACUUGUCAAAUGUACCAAAAUAAACCAGUGUACUGACAGCUUGUUUCAAAGAGUCUCUCUGUAUGAAUAUAUUCAUGCAUAUAUUUUUCUCAAAUAUAGUCAGUGAAUAUAAAUAUAUUCUUUAUGCAUAGUCAUUGAUUCUGAAGAUGUCCAAUAAAUAGGAAUUUGUUUUUAAUGUGAAUAUAGUUAAUAAAUAUAUAUUUGUUUGGGGCUGAAUUGUGUACCUCCAAAAUUCAUAUAUUGAGGUCCUAAUACCUAGAACCUCAGAAUGUGACUGUAUUUGGAGAUAGAGCCUUUAAAGAGGUAAUUAAGUUGAAAUGAGGCCAUUAGGGUAGACCCUAACCAAAUAUGACUGGUGUCCUUAUAAGAAGAGGAGAUUAGGACACAGACAAAUAAAGAGGGAAGAUGAUGUGAAGACACAGGGAGAAAGCGGCUGUCUGCAAGCCAAGGGGAGAGGCUUCAGAAGAAACCAACCCUGCUGGCACCUUGAUCUUGGACUUCUAGCCUCCAUUACUGUGAAAAAAUAAAUUUCUAUCAUUUUAGCCACCCCAUCUCUGCUACUUUGUUAUGGCAGC